AUGUCAGACUCAUCCUCAGUGAUCAUGGCUGAGGCUGCUGCUCUGGCAUUGGCUGCAGCAGUUACUGAAACACUCAAUGUACACCACAUCAACUUCUUGUCAGAUAAUCAGCAACUGGUCCACUUAUUCAAUAGAUCAGACGGCUCAAACCCACCGAACUGGAGAAUAAAGCAUCUCACUCAAUCAUUCAUCAACCACAUGAAGGAAAAGAAGUACAAGGCUUUACAAGGUCCCCAGGAACCAGAAUCACACAGCAGACAUAUUAGCCAGACAGGCGGUUGUAGAUUCAGAGUCCUCAACUCUGAUCUUCUCUGCCUCCUGUACAAAUUCUACUCAUGUAUCUCCAUGUCCUAUGCUGGCUGCUCUCAGUUUAGUAACCCAUCGAUUCUGUAA